CUCCCCGAAAAGAUCCAAAAAUUUCGUGUGUAAAUCCAUGAAAAAACAAAGCAAUAAAUCAGAACAUCUGUGUUGCUGUUGUUGAUUAUGUUUAGAUGUUUUUCUAAGUGGACUCAGAUUCGUCCCUACCUAAGGUGGGAAAGUUAAAAUGCAUUAAAAAUGUGCACCCCUUAUUUAUCCAAGCAAUGGCUCUGUCAUCUACGGAACCUCAGUUUCAAAAUCGGUUGAUCAGUGAGAAGUCUCCUUAUCUUCUGCAGCAUGCACAUAACCCUGUUGACUGGUAUCCUUGGGGAAAUGAAGCAUUUGAAAAGGCCAAAGCAGAGAAUAUGAUGAUAUUUCUUUCAGUUGGUUACUCUACCUGUCACUGGUGCCAUGUUAUGGAGAGGGAGUCAUUUGAAAAUAUUGAGAUCAGUAAGGUGAUGAAUGAGAAUUUUGUCUGCAUCAAGGUCGAUCGAGAAGAAAGGCCAGACGUGGACAGAGUUUACAUGACAUUUAUCCAGGCAACAAGUGGAGGAGGGGGCUGGCCAAUGAGUGUUUGGCUGACACCUGAUCUUAAGCCAGUUGUUGGCGGCACAUACUUUCCUCCAGAUGAUCGUUACUAUGGCCGGCCAGGUUUUAAAUCUGUUCUUCAAGGACUGGCACAACAGUGGGUGUUGAAAAAAUCUAAACUAUCCGAACAAGGCACUGUCAUGCUCGAUGCCCUGAUGCAAGGAACCUCCACUGUAGCUGAUCCAUCCAACUCUUUACCCGACAAGGCAGCAGUAAAUAAAUGCUUUCAACAACUUAUCAAGUCAUAUGAUAAACAACUAGGAGGUUAUGGAAAAGCACCCAAGUUUCCUCAGCCUGUGAAUUUCACAUACAUGUUCAGGUUUUAUGCCAAACACUCUGAGACUGAUGCGGGGCAACUAGCUUUGGAGAGUGCAUUACAUACAUUAAGAAUGAUGGCAAAAGGCGGCAUUUAUGAUCACAUUGCUCAAGGAUUUCACAGAUAUUCGACGGAUGCCCGAUGGCACGUACCUCAUUUUGAGAAGAUGCUCUAUGAUCAAGGCCAGUUGGCGUCUGUCUAUGCAGAAGCCUACCAGAUCUCGGAAGAUGAAUUCUUUGCAAACGUUGCCAAGGAAAUUCUACAGUAUGUUGGUAGAGACCUCAGUGACAAGAAUGGUGGCUUCUAUAGUGCGGAGGAUGCUGACUCCUUCCCAACCGAUGGUGCUAAAGAUAAGAAGGAAGGCGCAUUUUGCGUGUGGACCCAUGGUGAGAUUAAGGAGGCCCUACAUCGGAAAUUGCCCAGCGAUGAGAGCAUAACCUUUGCUGAUAUUUUCUGUAAACAUUAUGGUGUGUCAACCCAGGGGAAUGUCGACCCAGCUCAGGAUCCACACGAUGAGUUGAAAAAUCAGAAUGUUCUCAAAGUUGACGGAGAUUUGGAAACUACAGCCAGUCAGUUUGGUCUGGAGAGUCAGAUUGCGAAAAAGAUCUUGGCUGAAUGUCGGGACAUAUUAUUUGAAAUCAGAAAGAAGCGUCCACCCCCUGGUCUUGAUAAUAAAAUGCUGACAGCUUGGAAUGGUUUGAUGAUCUCCGGCUUCUCUAAAUGUUCCCAAGCCAUGCAUGAGCCAGCCUUCGCCAAGCGUGCUGCUGAAGCUGCAGAAUUCAUUAAGACACAUAUGUACAAUGCCUCAACUGGGAAACUAUUACGUAGCAGUUAUGCUGGACCAGAUGGUGAGAUCAAACAAAUCUCCACUCCCAUUGAGGGUUUUGUUGAUGACUAUGCCUUCCUUAUCCGAGGUCUAAUCGACUUGUAUGAAGCGUGUUUCGAUUCCAAGUGGUUAGAAUGGGCAGAGGCACUGCAGACCAAGCAAGAUGAGCUCUUCUGGGAUACAGAGGGUGGAGGAUACUUCAGCUCAGACGCUAAUGACAGUUCAAUCGUUCUACGGAUGAAAGAAGACCAAGAUGGUGCUGAACCAAGUGGUAACUCCGUGUCCAUUGGGAAUCUUCUCCGGCUCUCACAGUAUCUUGAUAACGACUCGUGGAGGCAACAAGCCAAUAAGCUCCUUUUGACGUUUCACAGUCGAAUCACUCAAAUACCAGUUGCUGUUCCCGAGAUGGUGUCUGCUCUGAUGUACCAUCUGGCGAAUCCCAAACAGAUCAUCAUUGCCGGGGACAUGGACUCACCAGAUACGCAAGCGCUCCUGAAAUGUGUCCACUCGCACUUCCUACCAAAUAAGAUAGUUGUCUUAGCUGACAACAAGCCGGAGAACUUCCUGUACAAGAAACUCAAGAUCCUGGAAAGUCUGGAGAAAAAGGAGGGAAAGGCUACUGCUUACGUCUGUCAGGAUUUCGUGUGUAAAUUGCCAGUUAAUACGGUAGAAGAAUUGGAGGAACUCUUAGAAUAGUGUGGGACAAUCAUGUGGACUUUUCUACACAUGCAGCAUGUAAAAUGUGAAUCCUUGCUCCCCAGAUUGAUGAUGCUGCAAAGAGCUCAGCUAUGUCCAUGAAACUGCUGUUCAUUUCGUAUUAAUCAUGAGACUCUUAGGAUGGCUGCCUUUUAGAAUGAUGUGACUAUCAUGACUUAAUCAUCAGAAUAGGAGUCAUGAGUGAUAUACAUGAUUAAGUUUGAGGGCAUUCAUGAAAAGAUGCAUUACUCCCAUCAAAGUAAAUUUUGGAUGUUAUUUGUCAUAAGAAAUAAUAUGUGUAGAUAAAUUUAACAACAUGUAGAUAUUCAAAGAAUGUAAAUAUUAGUCUUGGAAAUGUAUUUAGAAUUGAAAAUGUGAUAACAAAUCCUUUUUGGAAGACAAAAUACGGUGAUGUUAAGGGGGGGGCAAUAAAAGUCAACAGCCUGUUCGCACAAACAAGGUUGUACAUGUAUGCAAAAAUGUACAUAAACAUCCUACAACUGGUAUAUGUCUUCACUGGCUAUUUGUUCCAACCGGCAGGGCAUGCCCCGCAGUGAAUGGGAUAUAAAGUAGGUCCUUAUCAUGUAAGAUGUUAAUAAACAAAUAUAUCAGA